GGUUGACGCACGGCCAGGAGCCGCGGCGGGGCCGGGCGGAAGCGGCUGCUACCGGGAGGCUGCCGGCGUCUGCGAGGGUCGCCUGUGCCCGAGUCGCUGGUGUCGGCGGGGCUCGGGGAGCCGGCCAGCACUGCGGAUACUGCUGUGACAGGGGCUGCACGCCGGGGCGGGCGUCGGUCGGUACGUGCCGUCAGCCCCGGACAGGCUUCGGCGAGGCCUAAGGCGGCCGGCAGCGGACAGGCUCCCGCCGAACAAACCUUUCAGUGGGGGCUAAGGUGGUUUGGGGCGGCAGAUCUCCGUGCCUGUCACAGGGUCUGAGGCGUGUGACGGCACCGCUCCGCUCUGCGCACCGCCGCGCAGAUCUGGUGUAAACAGCAAGCCAGAAAGAAAAUGACCCACUGGUUUCAUCGCAACCCUUUGAAGGCUACAGCUCCUGUUGCAUUCAAUUUUUAUGGGGUAGCUACCAGUCCUGCUGCAGGAAAAGUUUGCAAUGAUUUGAGGUUAUCUCGAACACGACUGUUGGAGCUCUUCACAGACUCGAGUUGUAAUCCAGAAAUGAUGAAGAAUGCAACUGACUUGUACUUCUCACUCUUGCAAGGUUUUAUCCUUUCACCAGAUGAAUCUUCCCAAGACUGCAAGUUGAGAUACAUUCAGAAUUUCAAGUGGACAGACACAUUACAAGGACAAGUUCCAAGCGCCCAGCAGGAUGCAGUGUUUGAACUGGUUUCCAUGGGAUUUAAUGUUGCCCUGUGGUACACAAAAUAUGCAUCUAGACUCGCUGGAAAAGAAGAUAUAACAGAAGAUGAAGCAAAAGAUGUUCACAGAAGCCUGAAGAUAGCAGCUGGGAUUUUUAAACACUUGAAGGAAAGUCACAUUCCCAAACUGAUUACGCCUGUAGAAAAGGGAAGAGAUUUAGAAGCUCGACUUAUAGACUCUUACAUCAUCCAGUGCCAAGCUGAAGCUCAAGAAGUGACAAUUGCUCGGGCUAUUGAGCUGAAACACAAUCCAGGGCUAAUAGCUGCUCUUGCUUAUGAAACAGCUAACUUCUACCAAAAAGCUGAUCAAACAUUAUCCAGUUUGGAUCCAGCCUAUGCAGGUAAAUGGAGGAAGUACUUAAACUUGAAGACCUGUUUCUAUAUGGCUUAUGCAUACUGUUACCACGGUCAGACUUUACUGGCAAGUGAUAAAUGUGGGGAAGCAAUCAGAUCUCUGCAGGAAUCAGAAAAAUUUUUUGCCAAGGCUGAAGCACUGUGCAAAGAAUAUGGAGAAACUAAAGGGCCUGGAACUACUGCCAAACCUUCUGGACAUCUCUUCUUUAGGAAGUUGGGAAGUUUGAUUAAGAACACACUAGAAAAAUGCCAGAGAGAGAAUGGAUUCAUCUAUUUUCAGAAGGUGCCAGCAGAGGCUCCCCAGCUGGAACUGAAAGCAAACUAUGGCUUAGUAGAGCCUGUUCCCUUUGAAUUCCCUGCCUUGAACGCACACUGGACUCCUGAAACACUUGCAGCAUUUGAUCUCACCAAGAGGCCAAAGGAUGACACUGCUAAACCAAAACCAGAUGAAGAAGUAAAACCUCUGAAGGAACCAGAUAUAAAGCCUCAAAAAGACAGUGGAUGUCAGAUUUCUUAAGUGCCAUUAAGUGCUUUGAAUUCACUUUGUAUUAAGUGGACUUUGGGGCUUUGGUUUUGAUCUCACUUUUCCUAAUUCUUCUUUUUUGUUUUUAAUUUAGAAGACUAAUUUAAUUUAGUUAGGAUGCAUCCAUCUUGCUUGAGAAUGUGGUGGAUUUCUAGCAGUUUAUUUAUACCUGAAUCAUUUGGAGGGUUUAGUGGGAUAUUGUAGGAUGAGUGGGCUUAAAUGUUCCUAUUGUGCCUCUAGAGGGUUGCUUUUUUUGUGGGGCUUUAGUUUCUACCCACAAAUAGCAAAGGAAGUAGCCUGAUUGUAAGGUAUGAGGAUUUUUCUAUUAAAUUAUAUGCUCUGUAAUGGCAAAUUCUGCAAACAAAA